GAAUGUCGCCUAAGUCGCGUCAGCUCUAAAGUUAUUUAUUACCGGAGUGUAAUAAUGGGCGACUACACGGCGGAGUUCACACCGGACGAACAGGCGCUCAUCGAUGCAGAGUUCGCACGCCUAUCGGAUAGCACCUACCUCGACCAUGCGGGCACUACACUCUAUGCCCACAAUCAAGUGUCUGACGCAGCGCAGCAGUUGCAACGUGAUGUGAUUUGUAAUCCGCACACCUGUCGAGUCACCGGCGACUACGUGGAUCAGGUGCGCUACAAAAUCUUGGAGUUCUUCAAUACGAAUGCGGAUGAGUAUCAUGUUGUGUUCACGGCGAAUGCAUCGGCUGCACUGCGUCUAGUGGCGGAUCACUUUGAUUUCGGGACCAAUGGCAACUUUCACUAUUGCCAAGAGAAUCAUACCUCGGUGCUGGGCAUGCGUCAGCUGGUUAGUGCCAAUCGCAUCUAUAUGCUCACUAAAGAUCAAAUUUUGCUCAACAAUGGUACUCCAGCUGGUGCAACCGCGGCCGCUGCAACAGCUCACUCCGACAACUCUCUGGUCGUCUUCUCGGCUCAGUGUAAUUUUAGUGGCUACAAAAUGCCACUGACUGUCAUCGAGAAGAUACAGCAAGAUGGCCUACGGGAGCCCGGCAAGUGCAUCGAUUGCAAGUUGCAAUCAGAUCCCGGUCAAAGCAAUUAUUAUGUCUGUCUCGAUGCAGCCUCGUAUGCGGCGAGCAGUCCAUUGGAUUUGAGGCGACAUCGCCCGGAUUAUGUCUGCCUCAGCUUCUACAAGAUUUUUGGCUAUCCCACUGGCGUGGGUGCUUUAUUGGUUAGCAAGCGGGGUGCGGAGUUGCUGAAGAAGCGUUUCUAUGGCGGCGGCACCGUCAACUUUGCCUAUCCACACACAAUGGAGCAUCAGUUGCGCUCGACGUUCCACGAACGCUUCGAGGAUGGCACGCUGCCCUUUCUAUCUAUAGUGGAGCUGCUGCAGGGCUUUCAGACGCUGCAGCGUCUGGUGCCCGGCCGAAGCAUGGAGCGCAUAUCGCGACACGUGCACAGCUUGGCACGCUACUGUGAGCAGCAGCUGCUGCAGAUGCAGUAUCCGAAUGGUGCUCCACUUGUCACACUUUAUAACCAUGCCGGCUACGAGGAUCGCAUGCAGCAGGGUGGAAUUGUGGCAUUCAAUGUGCGCACCGCUGCCGGCGAUUAUGUGGGCUUUGGUGAGAUCGCCUCUGUGGCUGCACUGCAUCGUAUUCUGUUGCGCACCGGCUGCUUUUGCAAUGUAGGCGCCUGUCAGCAUUUUAUGAACCUCAACGGUGAUGCCAUGGAUGCGAUCUACAAGCUUGCCGGCCGCAUCUGUGGCGACUAUUAUGAUCUGCUCGAUGGGAGGCCGACGGGCGCGGUGCGUGUCUCCUUUGGCUAUAUGACGCGACUGCAGGACGUCGAUCGUCUGCUGCAAAUGCUGCGCGACAGCUACUUGAGCGUGAAGUGGCAUCAGCGUCUAGACUUCAUUGAGCAACGGGUCCAGCAGCUGCCCAAGCUGCUGCAGCAGCGAGCCCAGCAGUUGCGGCCGCAACUCCUCCAGUUGGCCAUCUAUCCGGUGAAGUCGUGUGCCGCCCUCAAGAUGCCGGCGUCUGCGUUAACGGAUCAGGGUCUGCAGUAUGAUCGCGAGUGGAUGAUCGUUGAUCUAAAUGGCAUGGCAUUGACGCAGAAGCGCUGCACGGAUCUGUGCCUCAUCCAGCCACGCAUUGUUGCCGAUCAGCUGCAGCUGCAUUUCAAUGGCGAUGGCUCCACAACGUUUGUCAGUGUUCCGCUCUCGCUAACGGAUCAGGCCACGAAUUCGGCUCGUUGCCAGAGCAAGGUGUGCCGCCAGUCGGUCGAGGGCUACGAUUGUGGCGAUGAGGUGGCUAAUUGGCUGUGCCAGCAGCUGGGGUUAGACGGAUUACGGCUGUUGCGUCAAUCGGCCCAGCGACGUGCACCAGGCGACCGGCAGCAGCUCAGUCUAGUGAAUCAGGCGCAAUUUCUACUUGUGAAUCGCGCCUCGGUGCGUUCGCUGGGGUUUGAGGAGCCGUUGGACGAGACUGUGGAUCGGUUUCGGUCGAACAUUGUCAUCGACACUGGUGUGCCCUUCGAGGAGCUGGAGUUCGGCCAGCUGCGCAUCGGUGAAGUCCUCUUCCAGGUGGAAGGUCCUUGCCAGCGCUGUGAUAUGAUCUGCAUCAAUCAGCGCACCGGACAGCGUUCCCCUGACACCCUAACCACCAUUGCCCGCAUCCAGAGCGGCAAGAUGCGUUUCGGCAUCUACAUUUCACGUCUGCCCAACGAAAACCGGAUGCAGCCCCAACUGGCUUGUGGCGAUCCCAUUACUGUUCUUCGUUAGUCACACACAUACGUUUAUAUAUAUAUAUAUAUGUCACAGACAUUCCUUACGUGGUUAUGGAACUUUAAAUCUAAUCUUAGAAACCCAACAUAAUUAUUCUGUAAAUAUAAAUGAUUUAAUACGUAUGUGUUUGUAAUUUGAUACCUUUUACAAAACCUUUUCUAACUGAUAAUUGUUAAUUGCUGACAUUCGGAAAUGUUUACAAUUGAAUAAAUAAAUUUAAAUUUAAGA